AAAAAUCAAAAUCUCUCCCAAUACAAACAAAAAAUUCCCGCCUCAAAGAUACUUACUCUCCCGCCAUUUAUCGAGCGAAAGAAAAAACGCCCAAUACCACUUGCAGUCCAGGAGGAGGAAGAAAGGGGAUCACCUGCAACAAAAAUGAAGGGCAGAUCCAUACAACUGCAAGAUGCCCACAAGCACGAUGAUAUUGAAUCAGUGGCCUGCAUUCUGUGGGACAGCCAUGGCAAGUACCUCAUUACAGCAGGGGCGGACAACAACAUUCUCAUUCAUUCACCCUCUUCUCCCUCUUCAAAGCCCAUCACUCUUCGUCAUCACAAGCAGGCAGUCACAGCCAUGGCCAUCGCGUCUACAAGUCUCGCCUCAGGAUCUUUAGACCACUCUGUCAAACUCUAUUCUUAUCCAGGUGGAGAAUUUCAGGGCAAUAUUACAAGGUUUACUCUGCCGAUACGCUCUCUGGCCUUCAGCAAGAAUGGAGAGUUGCUAGCUGCUGCAGGAGAUGAUGAGGGUAUUAAGCUAAUCAACACCAUUGAUAGCUCCAUUGCCAGGGUGCUCAAAGCCCACAAUUUUCCGGUCACAAGCCUUUCCUUUGAUCCAAACAAUGAGUUCCUAGCAUCUGCAGAUAGUGAUGGCACUGUUAUCUAUUGGCAGCUAUCAACAGGGAAACCUAUGCAUACUCUGAAAAAAGUGGCGCCCAAUACAGAUUCCAGUCCAACAAGUUUAAAUCAGAUUAGUUGGCGCCCUGAUGGGGAAAUGCUGGCAGUUCCAGGGAGGAAAAACGAGGUUUCAAUGUAUGACAGAGAUACGGCAGAGAAGGUUCUCAGCCUUAAGGGGGGUCACUCUGAUAUCAUAGGGUCUUUGGCUUGGUCACCCAAUGGAAAGUACAUUGCAACAUCUGGGGCUGACUGCCAGGUCAUGAUAUGGGAGGUUGAUAGGAGGCAAGAUAUUGAUAGGCAUAAGUUUGAGAAACCAAUUUGUUCACUUGCAUGGAAACCCGGUGGGAACACUUUGUCGGUGAUUGAUGUGUUGGGCAGGUUCGGUUUGUGGGAAUCCCCUGUUGCAUCUCACAUGAAGUCCCCAGCAGAUGGUAAUAUUGAGAAUACUGAUGACAUGGGAUUUGAGGAAACAUUGAUGGGUAAAUAUGGAGAAGACUUGGAAGACAGUGAUGCUGGGAGCCUGGAUGGGAUAGGGGAUGAGAGCGAGGAUGAUGAAAUGGGCAGGCUUCCUAGAAGGAUAUUGCACAAGAAGCCGUCUGUUAAAAUUGAAAAUGGGGAAGAAGAUAAUGACAUUACAGAGUUCAAGAGUCGCAGAGAUAAAUUGAAAACAAAAUCAACCAUGCAGGAGGCAUUUCAGCCUGGUGCAACACCAAGGGAAUCUGGGAAACGUAGUCUUCUUUCCUAUAACAUGCUUGGAAGCAUUAUCACUUUUGAAAAGGAUGGUUUCUCCCAUAUUGAGGUGGAAUUUCAUGACCUUGGAAAAGGUUUCCGCGUGCCCUCCAUGAGUGACCAUUUUGGUUUUACCAUGGCUUCUCUUAAUGAAAGUGGAAGUGUUUAUGCAAGUCCCCAGAAGGGCGAGAAGAACCCAAGCACUCUUAUGUAUCGGCCUUUAAGUAGUUGGGCGAACAAUAGCGAGUGGUCCAUGCGAUUCCCGAUUGGAGAGGAGGUGAAGGCUGUUGCUCUUGGUUCAGGGUGGGUUGCAGCAGUAACAAGUCUUAAUUUCCUUAGGAUUUUUUCAGGGGGUGGCUUGCAGAAAUCUGUCCAUUCUUUAGAUGGACCAGUGAUUACUGCCGUAGGACAUGAGAACCUCCUUGUUGUUGCCACACAUGCUUCAAGUCCUCUUCCAUCUGGUGACCAGGUGCUGGGAUUUGAGGUGUUCAGAGUUUCUGAAAGACAACGCUAUUUAUCUGGUCGGCUUCCUAUAACCCCCGGCUCUCAUCUUACAUGGCUUGGAUUCAGUGAAGAAGGGAUGCUAAGUUCAUACGAUUCUGAGGGAAAUUUGAGGGUGUUCACCAAGGAAUAUGAUGGAUGUUGGAUACCAAUGUUCAGUGCUGCCAGAGAAAGAAAGUCAGAAAAUGAGAACUUUUGGAUGGUAGGGCUAAACAACACGCAGGUUUUCUGUGUUGCUUGCAAAUCGCCUGAGACUUAUCCACAGGUAAGCCCAAAGCCAAUAUUGAGUGUUCUGAACUUAUCAUUACCUCUUGCAUGUUCUGAUCUUGGGGCAGAUGAUCUAGAAAGUGAAUUCCUAAGAGAUAGCCUACUUCUUUCACAGAUGCAAAGCAAAGCAGAAGAGGCUGCGACAUGUGGCAGUGAAAACAAUAGAGAGACUACUAUAUUUAAGAUGGAAGCUGCACUUGAUCGAUGCCUUCUACGUCUCAUAGCAAAUUGUUGCAAGGGAGACAAGUUGGUUAGAGCAACAGAGCUGGCAGCAAUGUUAUCAUUGGAGAAAUCUUUACAGGGUGCCAUAAAACUUGCCAAUGCCAUGAAGCUUCCCAUAUUGGCAGAACGAUUUAAUGCCUUGUUGGAGGAUAAGAUACUUAAAGAAACCAUGGAGUCCAUAGCUUGCAAGGCACCAACUUCUGAUGGUCCAUAUUUGGACAGUCCAGUUUACUUGGGUGCCAAACAGGUCUCAUUCAAGACGCACACUGGUGACAUCCCUCAUCUUCCUCAUCUUCAAGUCAAGACAAAUGACGUUCCCCUAGAAACCAAGACAAACAAGACAAACGAUGCUUCUCUAGAAUCCAAGCAUACUCAUACUUCUCGAGGGUUAUCAAAGCAUGACACAAGAACUGAAGUGGAUGAUCUAGAAGCUAAAAGAAAGGAACCCAAUUCGGUACAUGGUGAAGGGAAAAAGAGUGCAGAUUCACAAGUCCAAGCUGCACUCAGCAAUGGCUCUGCUCAGAAACCAGGUAACCCAUUUGCCAAAGCCUCAAAUGCUUCGGCAAACCGAACCACAGAAAGCAAUGGUUCAUUAUUCAAUUCCAUAAAGCAAAUGAAGAGUACAGCAGAAAAUGAAGGGAAGCGAAAGGACAGGGCAGGCACAGGUUGCUCUGCUCAGAAGCCAUCAAAACAAGCUAAGAAAUAGUGAAAAGAAUGGCUCGGUUGGCAGAGUAUCAGCCACAAAACUAUGACAAGUCAUGCUGCAUGUCUGCAGCUACCACAUAUGCCUGAUAUCGAUAAUUCAAGGAUCAUUACUAUACCUUUUAAUUAACUUGACUGAAGCAACCGAUAAAAGGGAAAUAUGAGCUCUGCAUAGAAAUGCUUUUUGGAGCUAACUCAAUGUGAAGGUUUUAACGCCUCGGUGGCAUUUUCCUGUGGGAAUCAUGUACAUCUUUUAGAUUAACUUCAGUUCGAUGUAUUUGUUUUACAUAAUUGCAAA